CGCAGACCCGCAGCACCUCUGGUGCCCUGUAAACAUGUCGCGGAAGCUAGUGGAAGACGUCACGGGGGACAACGGUGCUGAGAACACACGGAGGCUACAGUGAGGGUGAGGUGACACGGGAGGAAAUUUGGGGACACAGAGCAGAUACCGAGAUAGUCCCCCGAGGCGGUGCUCGGACUCUGAUUGGCCAUGGCCCUGCCACAGGAAGACACACGGGACCUGAAGCCCCUUGAUAAGCGAGACUGCUGCCGCCCUCCCCAGAAGCUGGGGGAGGCCCUGCCCACCCUUGCCCACAGGCUCCUGCACCCGCGUCCAGGUAAGAGUUGGUCGUCCACACUUUGUCCUUGUCACUGCAUGUCCCCCGGGAGGUCGGGCCCCGGACGGCGUUCCUCCUGCGUCUGCGGCUUCUUCUCCCCCCACCCUGCCAUCAUCAUCACUUUGUCCUCAAACCAGCCGUGUCUCCCGGCAUCUGGGCUUGGGUCCCACACCUCUGUGGGGUGGGAAGCAUCGAGGCCUCAGUCGUGCACCUUCUGGAUGGGUUUUCACCAAUCUGUGUCUUACCCCGUCCGCCUACGCCACCCCAACAUUCCUGCCCCAUCGUUGGAUGGAGUGACGGUGCUGUUGCUGUGUCAGGACUACGCAGCGCAGGGAGACCUUAAACCGGCCUCGCCAGACAGCCACGGAGGCCGGCAGCUGCUCGGCUCCCUAGAGAGGAGACCUCGGACCCGGGUGAGCACGUCACCGUGGACAUGGCCUGGAUGCCCUGACCCUCCUGCAGCCACCGGACCUGGUGACCGGCCAGUGGGAGCAGGUUCCCUUGGAGACAGCGCCCCGGGAUGUUUUGGGGUGCCCAGAGCCCACCGGUCAGAGGAGCGCGGCAGGACCCUCCUGAGCUCGGUCCUCCCCAGCAUGGACCUGUACUGCAAGGUCGACAACGAUUCCAGCAAUGAUGCCAUAGGCACGUCUCUGAGAGUGGAGACUACUAGCCACGUGCUCUUCCCGUCCAUCACGGUGGUCGUGGCCCUUUGUGGGCUGGUGGGAAAUGGAGUCGUAAUCUGGCUUGUCCGUUUGUCCAUCAAGAAAAUCUCCUUCUGCAUAUACGUCAGUCUCGUGGUGGCGGAGUUCAUGCACCUGGGUUUGCAGAUCGUGUUCUGUGUGCGACAGGUCCUCAGGUCUUCCCUCCACACCUGUCAGCCAUCGUGA